UGGUUUCAUUAGUUUUGAAAUUACUGAGAGAAGUGGACGCUCUUACGAGUUUGUGAAGAUUCCUUUCAAAAUCCGGUUUUAAACGUAAACAAUAGGCGCACAAUUUCAAAAGUGGUGAGCCACAUGUGACUAUAGUGGUGUUUGUUAUAAUUCAGAAAACAUGCCGAGCAUUACACAAAAGUUGAGAAAUGUUUUCUCGUGGCAACAUGAUACGUACGAGUUUGAAAGCUAUCAAGCAGUGACAAGCAGUGAGAACAUGCAGAAUAAUCAAGAUCAAAGUGCUUCUGUCGUUCCAAAGAAGGGAAAACUAUUCAAACCAAAGUCAACACAAUUACCAAAAGUUCCGAGAGGCACAUUGUCGAAAAUUUCCAAAGACAAACAAAAAUUGAACCAAAUCUUAGUGACAAGAAACCCUUCUGUAUCAUCGGCACAACUGAAUGCCGCAGUGCCUUUAGUUAACAUCCGCAGAAUUCCCUCAAACAAAUCAGUGCUGUCAGAAGUGCAGCCGGACUCAGGGAAAGCUUCAGCAUCCGGUGGCCACAACCGGGUAGUUUCCUUGUCGAGUAACGUCACUCUGCGUAAGAAAACGAACAAUCUAACUAGAACCGCCGUCUCAUCAGCCGCAACCAGUCGACCGGAAAGCUCAACCCCGGCCAAACCGAUUAGCCACCAGAGGGGACUGUUUUCGAUCAAUCGAGCUUUGCCAAAGCUACCAGCCACUUCCGGUUCCCGUCCGCCAUCAGGUGGCAGCACCAGACCAGUUUCGAACACCAAAAGCUCCUCUGGUGCUGUGAGUUCGCGGCAGAAAGUAACUCGAACAGCGCCACCCGUGCCCGGUGUUGCAAGCCCUACCCACAGCAAAAGCCCCCGAGGGAAAGAAAAACGGCCACCAGACGAUGAACCGGUUUACGCCACAAUAAGACGACGCUCUCCGACUUCCAUCAGAAGACAACCGGCGCUGUCGACAUUCGGUAAAGUAAGAGGUCAAGGUCCCUCGGGAUCGAAACAUUCAUCGCAAUCGACGAACAACAUCGCAACUACGAAUGGCGGCUCCAUUAAGGGUGCGUCGUCUGUAUCGAGCCUAGAUUGUGUUGGUAUUGCGGCUGCUCCCCCGAAAUCAUCCGCCAAACAUAAUCGAGCCUUGCACGGUUCCAAGGACAAACUUGACCAAUACGGUGGAUCCAACAGUAAACCGUACCAUCAUCAUCACCAGCAAGGCAGAGGCUCACGGGAAAAGCUUACUGAUCUGAAACAUUUCGGUAAAGAGCCAAAAGCCGGAAUCCGCCAUCCGAAACCCAGCAAUCAAAUGCCCAUCGUCCAACCGCAGCCCUCGGUUCACCAACAUCAGUUGGAGCAGUUCCAAGGGGCUCAACAGCUGCCACGGGCCGGAAGUCGCAGUGAAUUGGACCAACGCGAUGACGAUGCCUAUUCCAGUGCCACAGAAGAGAUUGUAAUUUCGAAGGAACUAACAUCAAUCAGCUUCGGCGGACCGAUGGAGGACCCAAAAGCCAACAGAAUGCAAGAAUUUCAAUCUCACUUGGAGAGGCUGAGACAGGAAAAUGCGGAACUGGAAGAAAAAGUCAUCGAGAUGUCGGUCUACAAACAAGAAGUUCAAGCUCUUCGAGAUGAAAUCGUCAAACUACAAACAUCGCAGGAAAUGAGCAACAGUGAACUGCAUCGAUUGCUCGAUGAAAAUGAAACUCUCAGGGAUAGGCUUAAAAGUGUUGUGCAAUCACCCUUGUCAGACUCCGAGAAACAGCAGAUCAUACGAGAUUCCCAAAGGCUUCAUAGCUCUGCGCCGGCGUCCAUAGCGUUACCAAAUAACCUGGAUAUGGAAGGAACUCCAUGUGUCACACCUGACUGGGAUAAGCAAUCGUCCAGUAGUGAGAUUGCUGUUGCAUGUCUGCAAGAUAAAAUAACGCAGAUGGAGGAAACUCAUUAUUCCACCAACGAAGAACUACAAGCAACACUGCAAGAACUAGCCGACUUGCAGUCACAAAUCAACGAGCUCCAAACCGACAACGAACGGUUGGCGGAGGAGAAGGACGUUAUUUUCCAGUCCCUCUGUAGGCAAACCGAAAAACUAGAGGACUCUCGUACGCAGAUCGGAACCCUACAAAAGCUGCUCUUGCGAGAGCCAAACCAACAGGACGGGGGAUCCACAGAACGAGAACAGAAGCUGGUGGAAUUGCUCAAGAACGCCCAAGAAGAAAGGGAGAGCCUUAUGUUGAAACAAGAAGAACUGAACUCUGAGCUUAACGAACUUAAAGUGGCCUUGGAUGACACAACCAAUGAGAAAUUAAGACUGCACGAGAGAAUCGGAGUCCUAGAGUCUACUAUCGAUGCAACUAAUGCGGAGAGAACUGAAAUAGAUGCGCAGCUUAUACAAUCCAAGGAGGACAGCUCAGUGAAACAAAUAGAAAUUAGUCGACUGACCACGUUGCUGGAAAAUGCGCGAGCAAAAAUCGAAGAGCUGGAACAAGAUCGUGCCUUAGGUGACAAAUCCGAUCUAGGCGAGCUUCUAGAUACGGCCAGGAAAGAAAAGGACGCCUUGGAAAUUCAAGUGGCGUCACUUCAGGAACAAGUUUCUAUCAGCCAGUGUGAAAUUCAGAAACUGAAAGAUCAGUUGGCACGAAUGAGCGAAGAAUGCAAGGUUGUGCGAAACAAUGCCAAAUGUGUGAUCUCCGAUCUCGAGUACAAGCACGAAACAAUAAAACAAGAAAAAGUCAAAAUUGCUAGUGAUUGCCAGCAACUUCAAGAAAACGUUAGUGAGCUACAGGUUCAAAACAAAUGUCUCAACGACGAUAAAGCCCAACUAGAGGCGCUGCUGUCGGAAACUCAGCGCCAUCUGGGCGAAACGGAACGACUGCUUGCGGAAAAGACUGAUGAACUAAACCAAGAGAUUAACUUAAGAAGGCAGGAAAGUGAAGAAUGGGACCGGUUCCAAUCGGACCUGCUGAUGACCGUUCGAGUGGCCAAUGAUUUCAAAACCGAGGCACACAACGCGCGAGAGCAGCUAGCACUCGACAACAAGGCACUACGUGAGCGGAUACGUGUCAUGGAGCAGCAAAUUGAGAAGCUCAACAAACCUAUUGGUGUAGAUGUAGUUGAUACGGAUACGGAUAGCAUGUUACUUAGCUAUGAGAAACUAAACGACAUCAAACAGGGCUUAACUGCCUCCAUAGAUAACCUCAACACGUAUGACCGUAAUGUGGACGAGUUCUCCAACCAGGUCAAGGUGUUACGGGAACAGAUGAACUCGUUUUCGCUUGCCAUGUCGGCAGCACUCGAUCCGAAAACUCAAUCGAAUGGCGACAAACAUCAGAACUCUACCACAGAACAAAUAUCGUAUUCUAUCGAAAACAGCAAAAGCGAAUACUCUGUGUCAGAUACCAUUCCUCCGUUACCACAUUCAAAGCCUCCAAAAAUGUCGGUCCACUUCAUGGACGAUGACCAAAUCGAACAAAUUGAACCAAUAGUAAACGACGCCAAUCGGUGUUCGUACGAAAUUGAACGAAUCAAUUACCCACAAAGAACCCUAAAAGGACGAAAUGUAACUCCAGCUCAUUUAGGUGGACAAUCAUAUGAUUUCUCGUCGACUAAUUCGUCGAGUGAAGCUGUAGAAUCGUCGGCUGAUGACACCUCUCCGGAACCAAUAUUUCGUCCGAUUGCCAUUUCUAGAAGUAAUGAAAAUCUAUCAGAGCACAGCUUCCGACUAGUCCGGCCCGUUCCUUUAUUUGCAUCCAAAAGUAUUCAAGAUUUGAGAGCCGGACAGUAUAAGAAGGAGAGCAACCUGGAGCCAUUGUUCCACUCGAAAAGCAUUGAUGAUCUUAUACUUCCGGACAUUGACGGGAUGAACAAGACAACGAACCUGUCCAAAUUCAAAAAAUUCCGAUACAAUCGAUCUAGCAGUACCAGUCUGAGUAAUCUAAGCUUAAAAGAAGACGAUCCAGAUUUAAUUUAUGCCAAUAUUGAGUUUUGCCCGUCUGUUUCUCAGAAAUGUGGCAGUGUUGCCAACAAAAAACCUAAGCCAUUGCCUAGGAUGAAUAGCAUUGAUGAAUUGAAUGUCGUGACGGAUGAUUCACAGACAAAUAAAUCAAGAACGUUAGUCUAUGUCAUUGAUAAAACUACAAAUGAGUUCGUGCUAACCGAAGAUCCACCAAAUAUCGUAGAACCACAAAUCAAGAUAACACCAAAACCAAGAAAAUUCACAGAAAAUGUUAACGCUUAUGAUGAUGCAAAACUGGACCAGUUGAAGAGAACCUCCUUUGUUUUAAAUAAGCCCAAUCAUACAAAACAAUUCAGUAGUGGUGAUAACAGUGGAGGAAAAUGGACUAAUCAAACUAAAAGCAGUAUAGUCGCAUCUACCGAAUCACAUCAAUCCAUAUUUAACACCGUACAGCAGGAGAUGGCUGUACGGAGACAGCAGAAAUCUGCCAUCCAGAGGCAGGAUUCACGUCUUUCCGUGAAGAGCCUCAUCGAAAGCAUCGAAAAUUCAGCGAAACAGGCCAAAGUUACCGCCGAGUCGCGAUGUAGUUCUAGCUCUAGCAUAAAUAGCAUUCCAGCCGAUACAGUGGUGAACCCCUCGAUGCCGACCAACAACGCAGUGGCAAAAAAUACCAACAAUCACAACGGAAACGAAAGCAGCUCUGUGUCCUUUUCUCUUUCGCAGCUUCAUUCGCCACUGAUAUCUUCAAUUACGGCAAAAAGUCCACUGCGUGAGCAACAGCAGCCCACAACUGUUAGUAAUAUUAGCAGUAACCCCAAGAACAACCCCACAGAUACAGUAUUGCUGAUUAAAACUCAAAAUCUCAUCGCAAACAGCAGCGGUAAUCUUGACAGUAGCAAUAAUAACAAUAGCAAUUACAGUAACAAUAACAUUAGUUGCAACAACAACAACAAAGUUUCCACCCUGAUAAGUAAUAGUUAUAGUCACUCCGGGAAAUUGUUCAAACAACAAGCCGAUGACCAUGUUACUGCAUCGAUACUGUCACACAAAACGAUGGACUACGUUCGGCGAAACAGCUACGGCGACAUAAGUGACCGGAAGGACCCGUUGAAUGCACUGGUCAAAAAUGGAGGCUCAAAACGAAAUGCUUUGCUGAAAUGGUGUCAGAAUAAGACUGUUGGCUACCGGAAUAUAGACAUAACGAAUUUCAGUUCCUCCUGGAAUGAUGGCCUCGCGCUGUGUGCAAUUAUGCACUCCUAUCUACCUGAUCGCAUCCCUUACGACAAGCUGAGUCCCAACGAUAAACGACGUAACUUUAGCUUGGCUUUCGUGGCAGCCGAAAGCGUUGGAAUACCGACAUCUUUGAGUAUCGACGACAUGUGUCAGCUGGAGCGCCCGGAUUGGCAGCAAGUAAUGGGAUACGUGACGGCAAUUUAUAAACAUUUCGAAACAUGAAUUCUAAGACAGCUUCACGUGCAGUGACGAGCAGGCAAUUACUAUUUUCUAUGACUUCCAGUUUCACGCAUAUGUGUUUAUUUUAAUCGCGUUACUAUACCGUUAUUUAUUAAAAAAGCAUACAUAACUGCUGCAUUGUUGAUGAUUACCUGAUCAUAACUCGAAAUACAAUACAAUUUUGACAAUAUGAAUAUGCUA